AUGACGAUCUCGACCACUCUACUCGCACUCGACUGGCAAGCCGGUGCCGAGGGGCAGCACCGCCGGCUGUCCGGUACGGAGCGCUUCUGGAAUUUUGCGCAGCGCUCCCUCGACGGCGCGUUCGACAUGGUCUCCCUCUUCCAGCUCGAGGCAUCUUCGUCCGCCUCCCGAUGCGGGGUGGAGGAAUGGCGAAGGGCAUGGUCGAUGCUCAAAAGGGUCGAGCCCGUCACGGCUUGUCGCGUCGAUGGAGAGGGUGAACGUCUCGUCGCUGACAGCGGAGCAGGCCAGGGGGUCGAGGUCGAGAGGUACGAGGCCAAGAGCACUUCGACGGAGAUGGUCGACGUCUGCCUGCAGCGCCGACGGUUUGAUCGGUUCCAGCUGUGGCUCUUCUUCGACAACGCGUCGGCAGACCAGCCAGCAGACCAGCGGGAAGAGAGGGUGGCAUGGGUGGCCAUCACCAACGGACACGCCCUAGCGGAUGCUAUGGCCGUAUCGCGGCUCUUUCUCCGCCUCAUUGACCUCCUCCUGGACUCGAGCACCGGCGACAAAGACGACACCGAGGGGAGGCUCCCUCCCUGUCUUGCCGUUGCGCUACGCCAAGAGCCCAACGCUGAACGGAUCGGGGAGAUGGCCGCGGUCGCCAGGAUGCCGACAACGACCGGAAUUCCUGUCCUGCCCAAGCCAGUGGGAGGCGCAGCACCUUCGUCAUGCUGGCGAAGACUGCACACGCUCUCGUCCGCCCAAACCGCCUCACUCCUCUCGACAGGCAAGGCACACGGCACGACGCUAUCCUCUUUCCUCCAAUCGGCCAUCUACCACUCCAUACUCUCCCUCCCUCCUCGCGGCGGCGAAAUCGCGGCGACGGAGAGGUUCACGGUACCGGCGAUGCUGUUUUCACGCAUGUCCAGCCUCGCCGUCGAGGAGCGCGGAGCGUUUAUGGCCACCACGUUCGCACCUACCUCUGUCGAAGUGCGGCGGGACGGAGACGUCUGGACGACGGCGCACGAGGUCAGGAAGAGCUUUGCCGAUGCGUUGCACAUGGACCCGGCGGCACAGGAGACGUACGUCGGCGCCAUGAUCGCCAUGGUCCAGGCAGCGGCAACACCGACGACGGCGAUCCCGACUCUCUCCUCGCUCGGACCCCUCGAUGCGGCCGGGGAGGCGGGCUGGAGCCAGGUAAAGUCGUACGAGGUAGCGUCGAGGAACAACCAGCCCUCGCUCGGCGUGCACGCCUGGUCGCUCCACGGCCGUCUCUGCUUCUCACUCGCCUGGUGUCCUGGUCGCUUCGACCAAGAUGCACUCAAGCUCUUCUGGGACGGCCUUGUUCGUAUCGUGCACGAGCACGCGGUCGGGUCUUCUUAG